AUGUCAUUCAAAACGGUGCUGUCGCUGUUGGCGGCUAUUCAAGCUGUCCAGGCCGACUUCUCGCAUCCUCUGCACUUCAAGAAGGUCGAUGCCGUGGCUGCGAAAAGCAUUGCCACAGCAAAGGGACGGCUGGUGCAAGGAACAGCGGAUCUCUGGGCUGACCAGGGCUUCUGGUUCUCCAAUUUCACCAUCGGUGGCAGCUCCAACCUGGAGAUCCUAAUUGAUACCGGCUCCGCUGACGCCAUCUUGAACCCGGGCAUUUACAAGCCUGGCUCCAGCUCGGUCAACACCAAGAAGACCUUCCGAAUUUCAUACGCCACGACGAAUCCUGAUGGAUCUGGAACUUUGUCUGCGUCGGGCCAAGUUUACCGAGAUGUCAUCACUCAACACGGCGCCAACCUGACCGUCUCCCAGCAGUACCUUGGAGCCAUCACUAGCCCCAAGUCACCGCCGACUUUCCCUCACGACGGCCUCAUCGGCUACGCAGGCAUCGAUAGCAGUGCUCUCGGCCAGACGCCAUUCUUCCAGAGUCUCUGCGACCAAGGAACGCUGUCAUCCUGCCGCUUCGGGCUGGCGCUCAACGCGGACGAGACCGGCACGCUCUACUAUGGUUCUGUUGCGACGGACACCUUCAGCGGCAGCCUGACUUCAGUCUCAGCCAGCGACGAGUGGAUCGUCACUGGCGAUGUCACGGUGAACGGCGCGACGGUUCAGCGCAGCGCCUCCAUCAUCACAGACUCCGGCACGACUGUCAUUUUCGGGCCUACUUCACAGGUCAAGACGCUGUUCCAGAAGGCGGGCAUCCAAGCUGUGACAAACAGCAAUGGCAUCACUGGCUACUACGCCUGUGAUGCGCCGCCCACCAUUGGAUUGGCAUUCGGCGGCAACAACUUCAACAUCUUGCCCGAGGCCCUGGCAUUCAGCCAAAAUGGCAACAACUGCACAGCUAGUAUCCACGGGACGAGUGAGUUUGGUAGCCAGUGGUUGGUUGGACAGGCGUUCUUCCAGGGCAAAUACAUUGACCACAACGUCGACGAUGGAACAAUGGGCUUUGCCAACUUGCAGUAG